UUAUGAAAAACCAAGCCGUUUGAUAAUAGGUUAAAAAUUGAGGUAGCAAUAGCUAUUUCAACGUUCGCACUCGAUUACUUCAACGUACUGAAUGGCUCUGCUGCGACGACGGCCAUCUCCAUUGGCUCACAGCACGCAUCAGACAUCUACCUUCAUGACGACAAAUAUAUCUAUGAGAACGCCGUGCUUCAAAUUCCGGGUCGCUGUCAUGAGUCCGGCUUAACAUUCGACGCUAAGGGCUACGUAAUCAGGGGUGAUGGGGCCAGACGACGGACCGGGUACGGUUGUAGCCUGGAGGAAAGUACUGUGGGAGCGUCAGCCCUUCCCCGACAACUACGUAGACCAGCGCUUCCUGGAGGAGUUGCGUAGGAACGUGGGUGUCCGCCAGUACCGCUACUGGGCUGUGGUGCGAGAGGCAGGUCUGGUAGGGCAGCAGCUUUCCUGCGUGGCCAUUUUCAUCACACUCUGGCUCUACAUGGAAGAGGGCCUCCUGUCCCCAGGCACCCUCCUGGUUGUCAGCCUAGCUACCUCGCUAAUGGGCUAUGGACUGUACCAAGCCCUCGCGUCGCGAGUGGAACCUGUUCUCUCACAUCGGACCUGUCUGGCCGAUUUACAGAGCGCCACCAUUUACCUCGCGUUCAUCUUUGGCUUCUCACCAGUCUUAAAGACACUAACGGAGUCUGUGAGCACAGACACGGUGUACGCAAUGUCAGCCCUUAUGCUUUUGGCUCACUUGGUCUCCUUCCCGUAUGCCCAUCCCUCACCUCCGGGCAGUCUGUCCCUCAACGUGGCCCUAUUCGCGUCCGUCUGUCUGGCUUCCCGCCUCCCAGACGCACUGGACACUUUCACUAUGCUCAGCUGCGCUCUUAUGAUCUUUGCACUAUGGCCCUGCCUGCUGAGGAGGGUGAAGGACAGAGCCCCAUGCCACUUCGCUGUGGUGUGCGCGGGGGUGUGUGUGGCAGGCGUGGGUGGCCUGGCGUCUCGUUGGCCGGGAGGGGCGGUCCUUCUGGCGCUGGCAUUGGUCUGCGUGAUGCUACUUUGCCCUUGGCUGCUGGUUCGGUUACAGAGGCAUAAGGACAAUAUCCACGGGCCAUGGGAUGAGGCAGAGAUCCACGAGGACCUUAGUCGCUUCCUCCACUGAAGGACGCCUGGAUGAAACACAGAUACCUGCUGCACACAAGCUCAUGAGGUCCAAUAUGUGUAACACUUUGCCUUUACAAAAAUAAGGAUAAGGUCUUGGAAUAUGUUUGAAAAGGAACUUUUUAAAAGUGCGUGAUCUUUAUGAAGCCAUUUUUUUGUAUUUGCUUUAAUUAUCUAAUUAAGGGCCAGUGAAAGGAUUAACUGUCACAUUGUUUUGCAUUGCAAAAUGUAUUUACUUGCAGGUAACAUUUUUAGAGAUUCAGCUACUGUUGUAAUAUUUCGAGCGAUUACCUCAAUUCAAGGGAAAGAUAGUAAAAAAAAUACCUUUAUGUUGCUCAUAUAUGAACAGCAAAUUUCAUAAACCAAUAAUGUUUAAGCACUGCUUACCAGAGCCAUGGAGAAAGAGUUGUGACACUCUUGAUUAGUAGUUCACGAAGCCCUGAAUAGUUCCAAGCACAAGCAGCACUGUAAUGGUUUUCGAUGGAACUGACAGCGGUAAUUACGAGAUUUAUAGUAAAAAAAAAUUUUUGAUAAAAAUCACAUAUAUCAGUACUUGUUUGAUUAUCUCAUUGGGGUCCGCCCUUGCCGAAGGGAUGUUUGGAACUAUUUGAAAUCGUGUAAUGGAUCUCUAUGGGAGUCACAACUUUCUACAUGGCUCUGCUGCUUAAAAGUGCAGCCAUUUUUUGACAUCCGUUAUACCGAUGCACAUAGACAAUGACAGACUUAACGCAGGUAUAUCUGAUAAUGGGUAUUAAUGACAUCAAGACAAAGGGUGGGCAAUCUAGGAUAUUAAAUGAAUUGGCUAAAAUAGCACCAGCAUUGAUAAAUGUCUGCCUGCCCAAAGGGUUGACACUUCCUGGAAAUAGUUUUUUUUCUGUGUGUGUUUUUCUCCACUAUUACACCUCAGAAAAAUGAAAUUCUGUUUUUCAUUAAUUAAGCUAAAGGUGUUGCCUUUCCCUUUUAAGGUUACUGCUGCUACAUGCACUCUUUUCCUUCUCUAUUUUUUGGUAUCACCUUAUUACAUAAUUGAUUAGAUUUUUUUUCUGUCCCCCAACAAAAAAAAAAUCUUUGCACUUUAAGUCUGUUGAUACAAUACAAAAUAGGAUUUAUGUCAUGUUUUAUUUAAGUCCCUCAAACAACGUGUUGCUAGAAUAUGGAAAUGGUGAAGCACACUGAACAACUUCCUGACUGGGUUCUAAUGUGAUUCAAUAUCAUGUACUAACACUACUGAAAUAAAUGAUAAAUAAUAAUACAAAGAAUUACAUGAUGAACUUGAAUUUUUCAAAUAAAAGCCCACAGUUCCUGUAGAUUGCUCCAUUAUUAGGUUGUAUCUUCACUAGAACUGGGACUUUUAAUGUGUUAAUUACACAACAUUUAAGGAGUUUGAAAAUAAACAUUUUAAUCGCAGAAUAUUAAAAACAACACAGCCAAUCCACAAUUUUCUCACACACUAUUGUACAUAUUGUUACAUUUUAUAUAUAAUGAUCUUUACAUAAUUCACGAAACUAAAGGCCAGCUCGCUGAAAAUGAACGUCAAAAUAUGUCUUGAAAUGAAAUCAGUCAGUGUUGAAAAAAAGGUUAGAGACCACCUAAAGUACAAAAUUAUUAUUUUUGCUAGGGCUACUUGAGUUUUAGACCUCCCAUUUUCAGAAGAUCUGCACUUUAUGCUGCUUUUUUAACCAUUUAAAUGUCAAAGUAGUAGUUAAACUAGGUUUUUGCCUCAUUUAAUGUUUUUCUAUUAUUUUGUGUUGAAAUGCAAUUAAGUGAAUACUAUUUUUUUUUUUCUUCAAAAAAGGCUUUUUGUGACAUAUUACAUUACGAUUUGAUUAAUUAAGAUAAUUACAAAGCUAUUUAAUUAGAUAUAUACAGUGCGGGCCAAAAGUAUUGGCACCCCUGCAAUUCUGUCAGAUGACGCUCAAUUUCUCCCAGAAAAUGAUUGCAAUUACAAAUGCCUUGGUAGUAAUAUCUUCAUUUAUUUUUCUUGCAAUGAAAAAACACAAAAGAAAAUGAAAAAAAAAUUACACAAAACUCAAAAAUGGGCCGGACAAAAGUAUUUGCACCCUCAGCCUAAUACUUGGUAGCACAACCUUUAGACAAAAACUGCGAACAACCACUUCUGGUAACCAUCAGUAAGAUUCUUACAAUGCUCUGCUGGAAUUUUAGACCAUUCUUCUUUGGCCAACUGCUCUAGGUCUCGGAUAUAUGAAGGGUGCCUUCUCUAAACUGCCCUUUUCAGAUCUCUCCACAGUUGUUCUAUGGGAUUCAGGUCUGGACUCAUUGCUGGGCACUUUAGAAGUCUCCAGUGCUUUCUCUCAAACCAUUUUCUAGUGCUUUUUGAAGUGUGUUUUGGGUCAUUGUCCUGCUGGAAGACCCAGUUUUCUCACACUGGGCCCUACAUUAUGCUGCAAAUUUGCAAUUUGUUGGUAGUCUUCAGACUUCAUAAUGCCAUGCACACGGUCAAGCAGUCCAGUGCUAGAGGUGGCAAAGCAACCCCAAAACAUCAGGGAACCUCCGCCAUGUUUGACUGUGGGGACCGUGUUCUUUUCGUCGAAGGCCUCGUUAUAUUCAUGUAAACUCUCUGUUGAUACCUUUUCCCAAAAAGCUCUAUUUUUGUCUCAUCUGACCAGAGAACAUUGUUCCAAAACGUUUUUGGCUUUCUCAGGUAAGUUUUAGCAAACUCCAGCCUGGCUUUUUUAUGGUCUGGGUCAGAUGUGGGGUUCUCAUGGGUAUCGUACCAUAGAAUCCCUUUUCAUUCAGGCGCCAACGUAUAGUACGGGUUGACACAGGACAGAUUGAACUUGUUUGGAUGUUAGUCGAGGUUCUUUAUCCACCAGUCGCACAAUCUUUCGUUGAAAUCUCUCGUCAAUUUUUCUUUUCCGUCCACAUUUAGUGAGGUUAGCCACAGUGCCAUGGGCUGUACACUUAUUAAUGACACUGCAAAUGGUAGACACAGGAACAUUCAGGUCUUUAGAGAUGGACUUGUAGCCUUGAGAUUGCCCAUGCUUCCUCACAAUUUUGCUUCUCGAGUCCUCGGACAGUUCUUUGGUCUUCUGUCGUUUCUCCAUGCUCCGUGUGGUACACACAAGGACACAGAACAGAGGUUGAGUCAACUGUAAUCCAUUUUAACUGGCUGCACGUGUGAUUUAGUUAUUGCCACCACCUAUUAUGUGCCACAGGUAAGUAACAGGUGCUGUUAAUUACAAACAUUAGAGAAGCAUCAGAUGAUUUUUUUAAAGGGUGCCGAUACUUUUGUCCGGCCCAUUUUUGGAGUUUUGUGUUUUUUCAUUGCAAGCAAAAUAAAUGAAGAUAUUACUACCAAAGCAUUCGUAAUUGCAUUCUCUUUCUGGGAUUGAUAAUUCUAUCAUUAUCUGAUAGAAUUGCAAGGGUGCAAAUACUUUUGGACAGCAGUGUAUAUUAAUAAAGUCCACCCUUAAUCUUUACUACAAUCGAGGAAGAAACGGUUUUCCACCCGUGUAACUAUAGUAUAAGCAUCUUGACCUCUAGAGAGCAGCACACUCCUUCCAGCACAAGAAGGCAGUUACUGCAGUACUUUUAUUAAAAUUCACUUACCUUGUAUUUAUGGUCUACAAGUCUUUUAAUCCAACUAUUAACUAUGAUUAUGACUUUGUGAUACAUUACGGGUAGAAAUUGGCAUUAUGUUGCAGAGGUAACACCCUGCAUGAAGUGUCCAAAAAAAUGUGUACAUGAAGGUCUAAUUUCAUGAGAAUAGAGUUUUAUGAUUAUUGUUUUUGUUGGUUUUAGAUUUGAAAAAAGAUUACCUACUGUACUUGCAGCAAGGUUCACCCAGAUAGACAAACAAACAUGCCACUGUCAUUCCGAAAAUUCAAGUUGAAGACGAACACUAUUGAAAAAUAAAAAAGCUCUUUAUUUAAAAAAAAAAAAAAAAAAGUUAUAAAAUAGUGUUUUAUCUCUCCUGUUCAUAGAAUAGCUGUUAUUUAUAUUUACACAAAGUUGAGGCACUUGAGGAAAAGUCAGCAGCUAAUGUAUUAUAAGGUAUGCACAAAACAGGCUCACGAUUGGAGGAAGUGUGACAGCGGCGGAGGUUCUUGGGUCGGGUGGCACGAUGCACAGCUGGAUAGUGGUUGCCGGGAUGGCCGGGUCCUCCUAUUUGGAAAAUGGGGCUGCAGGAGCAGGCCUCCUGAAGGGACAGCAUCAGAAGUAGUAGUCUUGCAUAGUAAAACUAAAUGUUAUAUUGCAGUAUUUGUUAGACUAAAUUCACAUUCUUAACUCAUUGAUGGCAAUGUACGUCCAAUCCGUUUUGACUGGGAGAGGUCGGCAGUGAUCAUUUGCUCCCAGUAAAAAUGAAUUGGACAUCUAUUACCGUCAAUGGCAGUGAUGAGUUCAUUGAAAUAUGUGUUUUAGUCAAGGGCGUAGGUUUGGUCUCAACAUUAGUAGGGACAAUAAAACAGCAUAAUGCAUUUACACCUUUUGCUGGGGAUGGGACAUUAAUAAGACCCAACAGAUUGGGUGAAAGAGGGUCAGGGCUACAUUUCUCACAAAUAUGAACCUGAUUGAUUAAUUAAUACGAUGAAUCAAAGGUGCUCAUUACAUCGACCACAAUCGUGUGAGUGUGGGUAGCUCGCGGCAUCAAACAAAAAAUAUUUUCUAUGUCCAUAGUUAAUUAUGAUUAUGUUGUGUUGUGUGAGCAACAAAUGAGGUUAUGCAGCACCCCUCUCUCUCUAAACAGCUUAUUGCUCACGUUUUUCUAGUUCUAUAGUUUCCAGCAGAGUUCACUACAUUUCUCAGUUUAAUUCACGUUAAUAGUUGAAAACACAAACAGAAGGACACUUCUCUCUAAGCAGCUUCCUAAUCGGUUUUUGCAGGUUAGCAAGUUCACACAGUUUAAUGUGAUGCUAACUAAUGCAGGUCGACCUUUCAGUAGCAAAAUUAGUGGUGCUUUUCUCACCUCCACAACAUUGGCGAAUUUUUAAAUAACUAACAGUGGCUGCUGCUGGCCAAAAAAACUUCUAACAUCCCUUUCUUCGAAAGGGGCGGAGGCGGCAGCAUGUUGUCGACAUGUAUUUCUGUCGGGGAUGUGUGUGUUGUGGGUGUGGGUGUGUGUCGGGGGUGGCUCAAGUCAUCAGCCAAUCAAAUGUGCGUUUGGGGGGGGGGG